AGAACAAAGUAUGAACCAACCAACCAACGGCAUCACAGGAAAAGAAUGCUACUACUUCGUACUGUCGUAGCUAAUCGUUUUGUUCUCAGUUCAUUUGCAUCUUCUUCUUCUUCUUCUCUCUCCAAAACCAAACCUUUCUUUUCUUUCCGACCCAUUUCUUCUUCUUCAAUGGCUGAAGAAUUCGUCAAAGGCACCGUUAAUUCUAACGGUGUUGCCCUUCUUACACUCGAUCGUCCCAAAGCUCUCAACGCCAUGAACCUAGAUAUGGAUAUAAAGUAUAAAAGUUAUCUUGAUGAAUGGGAAUCUGACCCAAAUGUCAAAUGUGUUCUGGUUGAUAGCAGUUCCUCACGUGCCUUUUGUGCCGGUAUGGAUAUUAAAGGGGUUGUUGCUGAAAUACAGAAGGACAAAAGCACACCUUUAGUGCAAAAGGUCUUCACAACCGAGUAUUCUUUGAUAUGCAAAAUUUCUGAGUACAAGAAACCAUAUAUAAGUUUCAUGGAUGGAAUAACAAUGGGUUUUGGAAUUGGCUUAUCUGGUCAUGGCCGCUAUCGUAUCAUAACAGAGAGGACUGUUCUUGCAAUGCCAGAAAAUGGAAUUGGCUUGUUCCCAGAUGUAGGAUUUGCUCAUAUAGCGGCUCAAAGUCCAGGAGAAGGAGCUGUUGGUGCUUAUCUUGGAUUGACUGGAAAGAGGGUUUCUACUCCAGCAGAUGCAAUAUAUGUUGGCCUAGGAACACACUAUGUGCCAUCGGGAAAGUUAGGUUCAUUCAAGGAGGCCCUUUUGGCAACAAACUUUUCUCAGGAUCCCCAUCAGGACAUCAAAGUACUUUUAGCAAGAUAUGAGUCAAACCCGGACAGUGAGGCACAGUUAAAGUUGCUUUUACCUGAGAUAAUUUCUUCAUUUGGAGGAAAUAAAUCUGUUAUUGAAAUCAUCGAGGAGCUAAAAAAACACCAGUCGAGCACUGAUUCUAAUGUUACUGAGUGGGCUAAUGAAGCUCUCCAAGGCCUUGCAAAAGGUGCUCCCUUCUCCCUUUUUUUGACAAACAAGUACUUCUCUGCCGUUGCCUCUGCACUAGGCAAAAACCACAGUGAAUUAUCCACGCUUACCAGCGUGAUGAAAACCGAGUAUCGCAUUGCCUUGAGGUCUUCGCUGCGACAUGAUUUCGUAGAAGGUGUCCGAGCAGUAUUAGUGGAUAAAGAUCAGAACCCGAAGUGGAAACCAUCAAGGUUGGAGGAUGUUGAUCCGAGUGAGGUUGAAGCCGUCUUUAAACCCUUAGGAGCAGAGGUGGGGGAGUUGCCCGUGUAAUUUUCAAUGGAAAGGUUUCAUUUCAUUGAAUGCAAUACUGAAUUGUACGACACUGAAUCAAAUAAAUAGAUGGUGUUAUCAUCCGGUCCUGUCUAGUGUUGCUUGUAUUGUUCUAAUCAUGAUAAAUAAAAUUCAUGGUCUUGAAAAUCAAAGGGAUGAUGUUGCUUCUAGUGUGUCUGCAUAGAAAUGGUGAAGGUUAUUAUGAUUUCCUUAA